GGAUAUCAUAACUCAAUAUGGUUUGUCAUAAAACGGCUCUUUCUUAAACCUUGCUCUUUGUCUGCUUUCCUUCUCCUGUCCCCUCUUCGAUGCCUCCCUCUACCACUGACCGCCCAAAGAAACCUCGCAACCGCCAUUCGCCUCAUCAGCUUGCUGCACUGAACGACUUGUACGAAAGGGACGAGCAUCCUGCCCUCGAAGUGCGCACUUCUUUGGCAGAGCAGCUGGGAAUGGAGACAAAGACCGUCAACUCUUGGUUUCAGAACAAACGGGCCAGCACAAAGAAACGAACCGUUGCCCAGCGCAGCAUUACCUACGACAGCCCUCAUAUAAAUCCCCAGCACACCUCCAAUUCGUCAUCUGCAUCGACCACUCCCCGUCCCUCAGAAUUGGGUGACUACCAGGACGACGAUUAUCUCCUUGAACCUCCUCACUUCAAUUCAGAGAGCGAUAGUAUGCCUAGGCGUCUACGACUGCGCCCAACCACCGACCAGGCUGAUGAACUUAAAAGAGUGUACAGUGUCAACCCCCAUCCUACCACCGAACAGAGACAGGUCCUGGCCGAGCGCACUGGCAUGCGCUAUCAGAGCGUAACCAACUGGUUCCAAAACCAACGCAGUCUUGCAAAAAAGCGAAAAGAGGAUGACCUCGAGGUGCCUAUGUCCGUUUCACAUACCGAGUAUUCUGCAGAGAUCCGGUCCUAUUCUGCAUUUCCUCCCGCCAACAGGCAUCCUUCAUUGGCGCUUCCCCCAGCCAACCACCAUCCUUCAUUGGCCCUUUCUCGAGGUCGACGCUCCCCCAGUGCACAAUCAUCGACACAAGAUGAUUCUCCUCCUAGGCGCUCCUCUUCAAGGCGGAGUGCGACCCCUUACAGCAUGAGCUCCCGUCUUCGGAGGGCACGUCCUGAACCGCACCAAUUGGAGGCCCUCAAAGGUUUGUUUGACAAGAACCCCACCCCAACAAUUGAAGAACGCUCGGUCCUUGCUCAUGAAAUCGGAAUGGACCUCGGUAAAGUAACCAACUGGUUCCGAAACCUCCGUCAGACAUCCCGGAGACGUGCAAAAAAGAGCGGAAGCGGCGAUGACGACGAUGACUACGGGUUCCCUUACUCUUCGCAGCUGCACUCCGCUUCAGUGUCCCGCUACGGUUCUCCUUCGUCAUCAUCUGAUGACGCGAUGGACUAUGAGGAGGGGCCUCAUCCUACUGUCGCCCACUCUGACGACAUCGGCAGCGACGAAGAGAUUCAAGAAGCCGUCACUCCUUCGCCGUCACCAUCACCUCCUCCUCGUACCAUGCCAUCACCCCCUCGACAGCCUCUUGCUGUGCCCCUUGAUGCUCUGAUCAAUUGCGUCGAACUCGAACGUGCUACCAUGAAAUUCACUAGCGGUAUUAAAGCGGAGGAUGCCUUCCUCCUACUCAGCUUCCAGCAACAAUAUGUACAUUAACAUUACACUCACUCUGCAUUUUUAUCCAAUUAAAAACGCGACUUUUCGUCGGGACCUCAUUUGGUGGCUUGCGACACCGCCUCCGUUAUCGUAUUGUUCUGUCUAAUUAUCGUUAACGUUUUGCAUCUCUCAUAUGUCAUCUGUCCAACAACCCCUACUCCGUUGCAGUGCACUUGCAGUGUGAUAUUGAUAUUAUUUGUCCUCAUCCUGUUACUUGUGUUAUACAGUGUUAUACUCACCGAUAUGUAGCCCCAUACUUUCUCGUUCGUGCUAUCGUCUCGAUGGUGGUUAGGCGCUGGACGAUAAAAUGUGAUCCUAAUUUUUGAUACCCUCAUUUAGUUCGAAAUAGCGAAGUGAAUUCGUGCCUGGCCGCACUGUACCCCGUUCUGCGCCAACAGCUUUUGAAGUUCAAUUAUUGUUGUUGGCGCCUUAUGUAUUGG